UUUAUAUUACUUCAUGUAUGAAAUAAACAAUUCAAACUAUAUUUCAUCUGGACUUGCAUAACAUGUAUCCUGCAAGUUUUUUGCUGUUCCUCUGUCUUUUUUGCGUUGGAUUUCAGUGGAGCAAUGGAUUUAAAGUCGGCAGCCGUUGUAACAGUAAAAACGGGAGAAGUAUCUUACGUCAAUACGAGGACAAAUUAUUAAUAUGUCAUCAGUAUAGGAGAAAGUACAUAUACCAAAUAGCCUACCUGAAAGACAAGCCUUGUAGAAAGAACGGUUUGUUCACACGACAAGAUGAUUCGAAGUUGUUUUUGCUGUGCAAAGAAGAUGGAACAAGAAUCGGUUAUACCUUAAAGAAACCAUCUUCAAGCUCAGACAAGUCGUUCACACACUUGGCAGCUUUUCAUGAAAAAUACGAUCUUAAAUGGGACUGGUAAAAGAAAGCGAAGCGAUAUAUUUAUAUGCUUUAAAUUGUGUUACCAAUUUUUAAAUGUACGACAAA